AUGCCCAUCACGCCAAGACAAACAAUAUCAAAUAAACAACAUCAGCAGAAGCACCAGCUACAACGAGAUCAAAGUAACAAUGAUGGCGAAACAAAUUAUGCGCCCGGCUCAUCGAAUCACACCGAUACGCAUGGUAGCGUCGGUGUGCCGACACUGCCUGCAGCAGCGCUAUCUCUGUCAGCAACAUCCGUAGGCAGCACACCGCCGAGCAGCGCUGAAGCGACAAAUACCAACAAUUUCGCUUAUUACACGGGCGCCGCUGAAACGGUGGCAGCAACGGCUGUCACAGCUGCAACGCACCGACAUGCUGACGCAGCAACGCCACCACUACCACCCCCAUCACAAUCGUUGCCGCCAUCAUCAGCUGUGGCGGCCUCAUCAGCAACAGCGCACUAUCCACCACCACACCAGCAACACUAUGCCACGAGCAACGCAGUGGCGCCACUGUCGGAUGCCUUUCACCACCAGCAGAUGCAGCUACAGCUACAACAACAAUACGAGCAGCGUUAUCAACUGCAAACAGCCUAUUAUCAUCAGCAACAGCAGACGCCGCCGUCGCAACCGCAGCAAGAAGACCAAUCAGCAACGUAUGUGACGUCACAACAGCCGUCUACACAAUACUCGUACCAACAUGUGGCGGCCACAACAACAACAGUAAAUCAACAUGCAGCGCGCAGCAACAGACAAGCAACUCAGUCGACAGCCACACACCACACAACUAACACAACACACAGCAGCAACCUGCAGUAA